AUGCAUAAGCCUAGCUAUAAGAAGAUCCGCUUCUGUGGAGAGCAAGCACAGCAAGAUGGACUACAGUACUUCUGGGUUGAUACCUGUUGCAUUGACAAGUUGGAUCAAGCUGAGCUCUCUUUGUCGAUCCAGUCCAUGUUUCGCUGGUACCAAAAUGCGACCAAGUGCUACGAGUCAGCCUUCAGGUCAAGUCGAUGGUUCACGCGCGGCUGGACACUUCAAGAGCUCCUCGCACCAAACGUGGUAGAGUUUUUCUCUCAAGAGUGGGAGAGGCUUGGUGACAAGAUAUCGCUAAGGUUAUUAAUUAAGAAGAUCACCGGUAUUCCAUGCGAAGCGCUCGACGGAACUCCUCUUUCCUGGUUCAGCGUUAACGAGCGUCUGCGCUGGAAAGGCGACAGGCAGACUAAACGCGAAGAAGACGCAUGGUACUCAUUGUUAGGCAUUUUUGAUGUCGAGAUAGCGCCAGCUUACAGCGAAGGGGUAGCUAACGCAUUUAGACGUCUAAAGGACGAGAUCGAUAAGCUCUAG